ACACGCAUACACAUAGAUACGCACCAAGCAGGCCUGCAUACCAGUAUACGGAUAUCAGAGGCUUUCGUGCUGCAGGACGCAGAAAGACGGGCCCAGAUUCCGCAAAAUGUAUCGGAUAAUUAUAUAGAUACGCUGGCAAGUGCACAUUUGCAGGUAGUUGGUGCACCAGCCAGUAAAUGGUUCGCUAAUGACGUUGAGAGAGGCUCGUUGAAGUGAACUCGACCUCUUCUUGGAUUUCUGAGAACAUGAACUCUGCGGUGUUCGGCGGACGUGACUAACUGAGCUCUGGUUGACACUACGCGCUGUGUAGCUGAACUAGGACCACAAACAUUAAACUUCUGAUGCCAAAUGUAACAGUGGAAUAAAAAACGGAGCUGUUUCGUUACAUGUGAUGUUUUAAAAUAGAAAGCCAGGCAGGAUGACGGUUUUUGAAAACAGUCCUGUCUCUUUCUAGAACUUAAGUUUGAGAAGAAAUGAAAUCUGUUCAAAAGCUGGAAGAAAACUUAACCAAACCACAUUUGAACCACAAGUACUGUUUUACUAACCUCCUACAGUAAUCAAAACCGGGGUACUGAUUAAUCUAAAAACACAAAUACAAUUACUUAUUUCUCCUGGUUAAAAUAUCGAAAUCUAAUAAUCAGAUUGAAUCAAAGAUGGACCCCCGCCAGUUCCCUUGUUACGCCUCUACGUUUUAUUCAUAUUUAGUUGCCUAGCGUUCUUCUGUGCAGGUGAACAAUGGCGAGUUUCACGUGGCAGCACCACCUCCCCCAGCAGCAGCUACUGCAGAAGCAGGUUGAGUUGGGGACCUCCAGGAACCUCGCUUACAUCACGGGGCAUUUCCAGCACGCCCGGUUGACAGAGGGAUUCGGGUACGAUGCCAUGAGUGGUGAGCCGGGCAGGGUCAAGAUUCGUCCCCCACCACCCCGACAGCAGGAUGUGAACAAGGAGCCUGCCCCGCGAGGACCCUCGUGCGAGCCCCAGCCACGGCCCAUCAUCCGUCGACGGGCACGCUCGCUGCCCUGCUCCCGCGAGAGAAACAGGGGCGCUUCCAGGGAGGGCCGGAGCCAGAGGGUGCGCUUUGUGGAUUCCCUAGGUCUGGAGCUGGCGGAGGUGAAGGUGUUCAGAGCCGGGGAAGACCCCACGGUGCCCCUGCACGUCCUCACCAGGCUCAUGCUGAGCUCCGAGCUGGCUUCAGGCAGGGACCUGGUGAUCCCUAUUCCCUACCUGGAGCCGGACUUCCCCCCAGAGCAGGGCAAGCGAGAGGAUUUCCUGGAGCGCCUGGCCCGGCAGAGGGUUUGCCUGGGGAGGGUCUCGUGCUCGGAGAUGGGGAUCACAGGCCUCGCGUGGGUCCAGAACCUCUCCUUCAGGAAGGAGGUCAGCGUCAGGUACUCCUUCACGGCCUGGAAGAGCAGCUCCGACACCAAGGCCUGCUGGGACUCCAGCGAGGGCGGGGAGGGGGCUGCAGGGAGGAUGCCCGACUGGGAUGUCUUCCGGUUCUGCCUGCCUGUGCCCCCUUUCAUCCUGCAGCCCGGAGCCUCCCUGGAGUUCGCUAUCCGCUACCAAGUCUUGGGGGCUGAGUUCUGGGACAACAACAACGGCCGCAAUUACAGCCUGACCUGCCACAGCUACAAGCUGACCGUCCCUAAAGAGUGUGAGGACAGCUGGAUCCACUUCAUCUGAGCCCCACCGUGGAGAGAGCUGAGGAAGAAGGAGCAGCUUGAGCACACCGGCAUUGCUUACAGUGCUUUUUACUAGAGCUGAUCAUGAAAGAAACUGUGCUAUGCUUCUAUCUGCUUUUAAAAAGUGCCAAGUAUCGAAUCAUACACCGCCUGUGAUGAAGAUAACAGGUGGCAUGUUAUGGAGUGAUAGCAUUAAAUAGCUGGAGGUAUUAGUUUGUUGUUACUCAUUACAGCUACAAUGGUAUUAGGAUAGUAGAGCCAUCAUUUGAAUUUAAUCCUAGGGGUCAGGUGCAUAUUAUAGAUGUGUACUAAUCUGCUGAAUGCUGUUCCUGCUUGAGAUGCCAGUUUGAUGUCUGUGGCCAAGGUGUUAUUAAUGCACUGUAACUUUUCAACAAAUUGUUUCAGUAACUUCUCACUUCAAAUGACUACAUUCAUGUGCUCACCAGCCAGCAGGGAGUAAAGCAGGGAGCUUCCCAGUUGUAAUCUCUUUCUGUUAUGUAUAUGCUGUAAAGCCUGGCCACCCUACAAAGCCCUUUGUAUUAUUCCACAGAAUUGAUAUAUCUUUUGCACUGCUGGUAUGCUGUGUUUGCACUAGCUUGCCAUGUCAAAGUGUCAAAGUUUGCACUUCUUUCUUUUUGCCCUGCAAAGUGAAAGCAGACCUGCUGCAGUUUCUAGCAGACAAGGGCAACAUCAUAUUUUGCAAAGUUAGUUCUUGUUAGUUUUAGUAACAUUAACAUUCCUUUCAGACUUUGUUGAUAUGUCUCAAUGCUUCUGUUGCUUGUUUGGAAGGUGAAACUAUGCACUGGAAAUGCACCUGAUCAGUUGGAAUCAGUCAUGGAUUUGAAGUCCAUCUGUUGGGCUUGGAUCUGAGCUCAGAAAAGACGAGAUGACAGUUGCUUUGCUCUGGAACAGGAGCUGGACCGACAGUAUAUAAGCACAGGAUAUUCCAUCUUAGCAUGAGAGGCGUGCCUCUGAACUCUGAAUCUUGUGGACGUUGCACUUCAGCUCACAGACGUGCAGAGAAUGGAGUCCGUCUGUGAAGUAGUGCUGUAUUCCAGCAGGUUGCACAGCAGGGAUGGAAAUACGACUCCCAUUGCAUAGCAGUUUGACCCAUCCCUGGUUCUACUAUGAGUUCCCCUGAGCUUGUUAUGUGUACACUUACACAAAAUGUAAUGUUUGUAUGUUAUUGCACUAGCCUUUCACCUUCGAGCCUGUGGCUUCAAAGCACCUUAGGUCACAAGUGAAAUAGCAAUUAUACGAUUUGACAAAAUCACUACUUUUUUUUUAAAAUACAUUUUCACACCAGAGGCUUCAGCUGUGUUUGAGAUACUUCCUGUCAGCAGGUGGGGCAGACAGUGCAAUGCUGCACAGCGAGCAGCAGAUUACCCUGAGAUUCACAACCUGGGGGUAUGUGAGUAUCUCAGGUGGUCCCUGCUACUGUAUCUAUCUGCCCAUUGCUGCACACCCAAACUACACUGCACCUAACAUGGUAUUCGUUCACCUAGUCUAAUAGUGAGUUAAUCGCUGAUGAAAUGAAGCCACGUGCAGCCAUUUGCUAAUACCUUUUGAUUGUUCGGCCCCCAGUUUGUAUCCGUUUGAAUGAUUGUGUUUGAAUGAGCGAAAUUGUUUGAAUAACAAUGUAUAGAAUUAUAAAGUACCAGCAGUGGUGUAGAUGUGUAUAGAGGGACUGUCACCGCAUUGCAGUUUGAUCCAUUUCAGAUUUUACUGGGAGCUCCAAUCAGCCACAGCGUAGAGAGGCAUCUGGCAAUGUGUGUGACAGACUCGCAAACUGUACUGCAUUAUGUUAUUUACUGGGAUUUUUGUAACAUUAAAAAAAAAAAAGAUAUUUUGAAAAAAACUGCAAAUACAAAUCUAGUCAAUAUUAUGCCGUAAUCGUGGAUUGCUGACGAUGAGGCACUUUUCACACAAGUCGUUUCUGUUAAGAAUGUAAAUGUAUUAAACUUUGUUUUAAAAAGA